CCCGGCCCUCCGUCUGACAAAGUUGCUCACACUUAAGUUGGGUUUCAAAUGUCUCCAGUCUCAUUCUUAGUCUUGUCUUUAUGGUCUAAAUUGUACAAACCAUCUCCAGGUUUAUCAGGCGGACUGUAUCCCUCCUUGUGUGUCUCAGAAGUGGUAGAAGAAUCUUUGCAGUCAUCCCUUCACGGUAGCAAGCAAAGUGCCUUCAAGAAACAGGACCUAGCCACGGCCGUGCACUCGUCAGCGCUGAACUCCGAGAAAGUCAGCCGUCGAUCAAGAGGCGGUGAGCUGGGGCCAGUCUCACAGAUCCGCACCCGCUAGCGCCUGCUGGAAGAUCGAGGUGCUGAGUCGGCAGUGUGGGCAAAGCAGACAGACAUGGAGGAGGCUGAGUUCAGCGGAGUCGCGGAGGAGCGGGAAGGAGCACGUGCAGAAGUGGACCGUUCCGAAAGGCCCAGCGUUCCCCUCGACAACCUAAAGAUGAUCUUUGAGAAGGGUGAGGUGGACCAGGUGUCAAGACAGCAGUCAAGCAGAGGAAACUGUGCUAAUCCAGCCAGCAUGGAGCAGGUUCUGGGCGAUGGGAGUCUCGCGGAAUCAACCCCUCUCCGAGACAGGAUGGCCCUCUACCAGGCCGCCAUCUCCAAACAGGAUGCCACCCCGACUGAUCUGCAAGAACCGUUUGGUGGCAAACAGAAGGAGAAUGUCCCACCCUUCUUCCUGGAUAUGAGUCCAGAGCCCGAGCAAGCAAGAAAGAGUUUUACUGCUGAGAGCAAUGGAAACCGGAGUGUCCGGAGAAAACCCACGCAGGCACGGAGAGAACAUGGAAACUCCACACAGGCGGGGCUGGGAUUGAACCCGGGUCCUCAGAACUGUCCUGGUGCCAGCAAUGCCGUAUCCUGUUCCCCGGCAAAAACUCCCAGGAAUUUCCGGCCACCUGUGCGGGAGGCGUGCGUGUCCUGUCAGAAGACCGUGUACCCUCUGGAAAGGCUGGUGGCCAAUCAGCAAGUUUUCCACAGCGCUUGCUUCCGCUGCUGCCACUGCAACACCAAACUCAGUUUGGUCAACUACGCCUCCCUGCACAACAACGUAUACUGCAAGCCGCACUUCUGCCAGCUCUUCAAGGCCAAGGGCAACUACGAUGAAGGCUUCGGUCACCGGCCCCACAAGGAGCUGUGGGAGAGUAAAGCCGAGGCUGGUGAGACCACGAUGACGCCAGCGACUUCGCCGCAGACCGGUACUCAUGCAGAAAGUUCGGAGCUGGCGAGCCCCAGUGUGGAGGAUUCCCCACUCGCCAAGGUCAACGUCCUGACCGCCACCAUGGAGGCUCUAGGACAAGGAUCCCCGGAGAAGAGCGAGAAGCCAGCUGAAGCACGCAGGCUGAAAAUCUCCUGGCCGCCACAACCGGAAGGCGGCGCCCGCAGCAGUAGAGACGCGGUACCCGCUGAGGGGGCCAGCAAGCCCAUCCGAGCAAAGUGGCCCCCGGAGGACGGCUCCACCUCUUACUCCACAUCACCCAAACAAGCCAUAGGAGCUUCCUGUCAGCGGAGGAUCUCCUCCUCAAAGGAGCUCCGCAUACCCCUCACGCCGACAGGCCAGGCCGCAGCCGAGCCUUAUGAGGCGUCCCCUAGCGGGGGGCCGCAGCCUGAUGGACUGUUGUCAGAUGACUGGGCACCCACAGAGGACGGCCAUGUGGAUGUAAACGGCAGCUUUGGAGAGGAGAGCGAAGAUGUGUCUGAGAAGGAAGGUGAAGACGUGUUGGAGAAGGCCAGCCAAAAUGCAGAGAAGGGAGAAGACGUGCCCACGCGUCAGCUCACCCGUGAGGUCAGCGCAGGGGGUCGCGCUCACCAGGAGGAGCAGACGGAGAACCACGAAGAUGCAAAAGCCGACAAGUCAUCUCUGGAGGAAGAGGCGGAAGCCGGCUGCUCACCACAGGGUGCGGGUUUCCGGGAGGGCGAGAAGGCUGAGGAUAUGGCGGAGCUGGAGACGCUGAGCGUGGAGGAAAUGAUCAAGCGAAAUCGCUAUUACGACGAAGAGGAGGAUGACGAUUGCUAAAGUCACUUCCUCAUUCCCUUGCCGCACUGCUGCAGUCUUUAGUCUUGAACUGUGCCUCCACCUCUUGCAUUCAAAGCCAUUCCAACUACUUUUUCCCCUCUUUAUAUUUUUAAUGUUCCAACUUUGUCCCAAUUACAGAAUGUAUGUAUACCUGAAUGCCCAAAGAUUAUAUUACAGAGGUAUUUUACACUACGUUUUGUCAUUUGAAUGUGUGUUCCAAUUGCAGCUAGCUGCUUCUUACCAUUACCACUAUUACUCUUCUGUAUGUCCAUUUUCACAAAAGGAUUAUUCAAAAUUGAAUAUUCUGAUUUUUAUCUGCUGUUUUUAAGGCCAUGACUUGCUAUUUAAAUAAAUUCUG